AUUAUUAUCCUCAGAAUGUCCUUAUUCUUGAUCACUUAAAUUUGUUAUUUGUGUUUAUAUCUAUCAUAGGGAAAAUGAGGCAUCACUUGCUAUCCUACCUGAUUUGUAGAUGGAGCUUGAUAGUAUGGAUGAGGAAACAACACUACUUACUCUCAUUGAAGGUGUUCUUGCUGCAAACAUUUUUUAUUGGGGAUCUCGUGCAUGUGUGGAUCUCUAUCAUAAAGGAACUAUAAUUGAAAUUUACAGAAUUAGUCGCAACAAAAUGCAGAGACCUUGGCGAGUGGAUGAUUUUGAUGCCUUUAAACAAAGAAUGUUAGGAACUGGGGACAAGAAACCACCCCCACAUAGAAGAGCUUUACUUUUUGUGGACAAUGCAGGUGCUGACACAAUUUGGAUUUUGUUUAAAAAGAAACAAUAUUUAAGGAUAGAAAUUAUUAUGAUCAAUUAA